GCGAUGUUAUUAAUUUAUCAAGAUUCUAGUGUAUCACAAUCUAUUAUUUUAUUUUUUUUAUUAUGUUUAGGAAAACCAUCAAGAAGCAAUUAAUGCGAACUACAGGUGUACAUGGAAAGUAUAUAGAUGCUGCUGGUGUGAACAGAGCGAUAUAUUUGUAUUACAUUAAAUAUGGUAAAAAAAUCACAACGGUUAAAUUCGGCAGAGAAAAUCUUCUAUAAAUCACGACCAUCAGAGAAGAUCGAACAACUUCACAAUUGUUAUUUUCCUUGUCUGAAUUUCUCAUCCCAUCAGCCAUGGAAAACAACAACAAAGAAUUAAGUAUUUGCAAGAAAAAAACAAUGGGGCGAAGAAAGAUUGAAAUUAAGAAAAUAGAAAAGAAAAGCAGUCUGCAAGUAACAUUCUCGAAGCGGAGAAUAGGCCUGUUCCGAAAAGCCAGCGAACUCAGCGUUCUCUGCGGUGCGGAAAUCGCAAUCCUCGUGCAAUCUCCGGCGAAUAAGAUCUACUCAUACGGCCACCCUUCCGUCGAAACUUUGCUCGACCGCUACCAGACCGGCGGAGGUGGCGGAGCAGCCUCGAGUAUUAUCCCUUACAGGGAAGAUGGGAGGAGUAAGUACGAUGAAGCUGUAAAGAAACUCGAGAUAGUAAAGAGAUCAAUGAAGCAAGAGAGUAGUAGUAUUAUUAGUUCAAGAUUCUGGUGGGAUGAACCGAUGGAGGGCAUGGAACUUUACGAACUUGAGGAAUAUGCCGAAGCAAUGGAAGCUUUGAAGGAUAACGUCUUGCGCAGAGUGGACGAGAUGGAGAAGCAGAAAUCGAUCGCUGCUUCCGCUUCCAUGUGGGAUCUUGAUCCUACUUUCCAGAUUAAUUAUCAAGAUUUCGAUGUAAGUUAUAACUUUCUUGACUUUCCUUUGUGUUUUUAGGGUUCAAUAAAUUGAUGUCUUAUCAUUACAAAUCCAUUUAACAUUUCUUGCCAGAUUCAAUCGUCUACAUAUAUAAUUGUCUAUAGUUUAUAAGUUGAUCGUGUUAUUAAUAGACAAUAGUUGACUCUUCGGCAGGGAUUUGAGAGCGAUUUAGAAGAGAUGUUGAAAGGGGAGGCCGGAGAAAUUUUUUAAAGAGAUUGUUGUUCAAGAAAUUUUUUUUCCACUUUUUUCUCAUAAUUACAUUACCUAGCAUUUUAUCUUGCAACCAACGUAAAAAUCAAUUGACCUAAUAAUUUCACCUUUUUAAUCAUUAUUUUCCUUAAACCAAGCAUUAGAGUUUAGUGAAUUAAUUGUUGUUUCAUCCUCAGAAAAUAUAAAAAAAUACUUUAUUCAUAUUCCAAGAAUGCUCAAGUGUUUCUUUAUAUUCCUUUUCAUACAGUUCAAUUUAG